AUGCUGUCCGUGCGGCGGCGGCAGGAGGAUGCGGGCGUCCGCGUAGCGGCAGCAGCGCAGGCGCAGCAGCCUCGGGGCGGACUCCGCAUGGACGACGACGCCGAGCUCGAGGAGGGGGAGGCCUGCGGGGACGACACCGCCUUCGUUGACCCCGACGUCGCGCUCUCUUACAUUGACGAAAAACUUCAAGAUGUACUUGGCCAUUUUCAGAAAGACUUCGAAGGAGGCGUGUCUGCAGAGAAUCUAGGGUCGAAAUUUGGUGGAUAUGGUUCAUUUUUACCUACAUACCAGCGCUCUCCUCUUCCUCAAACUAGAAGUCCACCUAAGGCAGCAAGUGUUACCUCAAAAUCUCCCUUUCACCAGUCUAGUGAGGGCAUGUCUCAAAAGCCUCUGGCUGUGGCUGUUUCAUCUACCCCCCAAAGUAAUGGUCCUGUGGUGCCUUUUUCUGGUGAUUCAAUUAAAAAGGAAAUACGCCCAACCACAAAGGCGGAAAGGGGUUCUGUCUCCCAUGAUUCGUACGGGCCAUCGAAAUCUAGUGACCAAAAUAGACUUAAAGUCCGGAUAAAAGUUGGCUCUGAUAAUGUUUUGGCAAGAAAUAAUGCGGCUAUCUACAGUGGUCUGGGCCUUGAUAUUUCUUCACCUUCAUCCAUCGAGGAUAGCCCCGAUGGCUGUGGGAGCCUGUCCCCUGAAGUUAACAAUGUGCCACAUGAAUCUCCACAAACCAUUCUUCAGAUCAUGACAUGCUUUUCAGUUCCUGGAGGCUUCCUGUUAUCCCCUCUACCAGCCAAUAUAUUGCAAUUGACAAAAAAGGUUGUGGCUUCGUCAAAGAAGUGGGAAUCAAAUGUGGACAUAGAAAAUAUACAAGAACCACAUGAAGGCCAUGUGGCUAAAAAGGUGAAAUCUGAUGGUAAGAAAAAGAAGCUGAUAGAUGCAAAAACUUCAAAGAAUAGAAAUGAUAUUAGCGCAGUUAUGAAAAAGGAGAUUGAUAUAGAAACAGUAGCUGGUCAAAAGAUCGUAUCUGAAGCUCUCAACAUAUCAUUGCUAUCUGAUCCCAGAGCUAUGGAUGCAAAAGGUGAGAAUCGACUUGAAGAGGAGCCAGCAGAAAACAACUUGGGCGGAACUAGAGAUGCUCGAUUGAAAGAGCGGUCCACCAAGACUGACUCCAUGACUAUUAAAGUGGAACCUGUCAAAGCAGAGGCGAUGGAAUGCUUAGAGAACAGUAGUUUUGGCAGUUCAGAAAUGGAUCUUUCAGCAGCGAAAGGGGAACCAAAACCCAAGACAGAAAAGGGAGAGACAACUUUAGAAGAGAGGAAUACAACUAAUGACAAAGAUCUAAUACUGGAUAGGAAGCAAGAAAAGAAAAUAAAACCUGAGAGUAAAUGUGAUGCCUCUAACUUUGAAGGUAGCAAUGUUAUAAACGCAAGAGCUCCAGCUGUUUCCCGGAGCAUGGGAAAAGUUUCUGGUAAAGAAACUUUACCUUCUGACACAAAUGGGGAAAAUAACUCCAAGAGUGAGGUCAAAAAAAUUCAGAGAGAACAAAAGACCAACAUUUCGAUGUCUUCUGAUUUCCUGGAAGAUGAGAAACACAUUCAUUCUUCUGCUGCAGUUAAGGAGAGGAAAAGUGACAUGCAAUCCAAAUCUAGCCAUACUGGAAAGAAACCCAAAGCAAAAUCACAUAGAGAUGUUAGGGAUGACUUGCCCGAAGGAUCUUAUGGAAGCAAGGAACAGGACACAUUGGAGAAUGAAAGUGUCUUUGGAGAUCCCCGACCAAAGGAAAAACCAUGGAAAUAUGACAGCGAGAGGGAUUCUGAUGCACCUGGGAUCUCGAGGAGGGAGAUUUCUUCUAGUGUAAAGCAUGACAAGCACUUGGCUUCUGAGGAGCAGAAGAUGCAUAUACCUCCACCUGCCACUGUAUCAACUGCAAAUGCAGCUCCUACACAUGCAGCCCCAGUUGUAAUAGAGGAACAUUGGGUGAGCUGUGACAUAUGCGAUAAAUGGCGUCUCCUACCUUAUGAGAUGAAUCCUUCAAAUCUACCUAAGAAGUGGAAAUGUAGCAUGCUACAUUGGCUACCUGGGUUGAAUAGGUGUGAGAUUAGUGAAGAGGAGACUACGAAUGCUCUGAAUGCACUUUAUGUCCCUGCCCCUGCAAAUGGUAUUCCUGCAGUUGGCCAUCCUCAUGUUGCUUCAUCAGGACUAGUAACAUCCAGCACUCCCAAUAUGAAUGGACAUAUUGAGCAGAAUAGAAAAAGAAAAAAUGUUCUAAGUGAUGGAAAUUUUGUGGCCGAGGGUUCUCACCAAACACAGGGUUCAGGUCAUCCAAUGAGCAACCAACAUGCUCCUAGUAAAAGUAAAACUUAUAAUGAUGGUAUCCAGUAUCCGAUUGAGAGAGAUUCUGUAAGCAAAUCAGUUGACCCAACAAUUGAAAAGAAAAGGUCCAAGAGCAAGCAUCACAGUAGCUAUUCUGAUGGAGGAGAUCUUGUUGAAAGAUCUAAGAAGCAUUCUAAAGUAAAAAGCAAGAGAGACUUGGAUCGUGAUGAAUACAAAGCUUCUAAGAAAAUUAGGAAAGAAGAGCGACGCCAUUUUGAUAGAGAUCGGAACCUUGGAUCCGAUUUAGCUAGUGGAGAUGUUCCUGAUGAGGCCAAGGCUUUGCCUGUGAAGUCAGCAACCUCAAAGGGUUCAGGUGAAAGGAGUGAUCUUUCUUCAUCUAAGCAAAAAAGUGUCUCACGGCAUAAUCGUUUGGAAAAUUCCAAGAAAGCAAGACAAGAUGAUGUAGUUGUUCCUGAAGACGAGAGCAAGGACUAUUUUCACCAGUCAGAUGUACAAAGAUCAGAUAUGGCUAGUAAGAAGAGGAUAGUGAAGGAAUGGGAGGAGAGUCAGUACAAUCCAGUAGCUCAUGUAAGCAAAGGAGCUAUCAAGGAAACCUAUAGGGAUCAGAACUUAAAGGAAGCAAAGUUGAAGUCAUUGAAUUCUGAAGAACUGUUUUCUAUGACGAGCUCCAAACCACCAAAAGCUCAACAUGCUGAUCAGGUUUUGUCUUAUGAUGGGGGGCGUAUGAACAGCGAGUUAGUUGAGGAUAACACACUCUUUAGUGGCAAAAGAGGUCUGCCUGAACAAGAAAAGAGCCUUUCUGAUCAGGCUUUGGACUUGGGUGAACCUGCUAGUGAUGUCGCAUAUAUUCAGAGUUUAGCUGUAACGUCAAGUUCUUCAAAGGCUUCAUUCUCACAAAAAAAGAAGCAGACCACUCAAGCUAUGAAGACUUCGCCAAUUGAGCCUCUUUCUUCAUCACCACAGAGAAACUCCAACAUUGACAAGGUCUCUGUCUCUCAUAGUAGAAUUUCAGGUAAGGAUGGAUCUCUGAAUGCUAACUCAACCACUGCGCCGACCAUGGCAAAACAACUAAAUACUGAAGUUGGCAUAGCAGGCAAUGAUCAACGGUCUAAUGAACCUGUUUCGGUUGGUUCUUCCCGAAGAAAAUCUGAUAGAGAUAAUGGACAGGUUCAGUUAACUCAAGGUCAUGCCUCUGAUGGUAUUCAUCUUGAAAGGGGUUUGAAUGAGGAUCUGCAGCCUGAAUCUGGGAGAAAGGAUUCCAAUGUAAAGAGCUCCCAUAUUCCUAAAGGUUCUCACCAUUUGCAUUCUGGUGAAAAAAAUAACUAUAAUACAGAUGGCUCUCCUAUGCAACCAGGACGGCAUCCUGUUGAUCCAAAGACAUCAGUCUUGGAUAAAGGUGAUUCAAGUAUGCAUGGAAAUAACAAAAGCACAAGUUCUCUUCAGGAUAGAAAUGGAUCAACUCAUUGCCCACCAGAUGGAAAUCCUCUGCUCGGUUUACCAUCUGGAAAAGAGAAAUCAUAUCUCAAGAGCAACAAGCAAGAUUCACAGAAGCCUAAACCCCAGAUGGUCUGCUCACCUCAGAAAGAAAGCAAAUUGGAUUCCCAUUCCACUCCAUUAAAACCUAAUGGGUCAAAAUUGAUUCCACAAUCAAGACAAUACAAUGCUGAAAAUGGAGGGCGACAUGGCAUUGCAAAACAUGCAAUUCCUAGUCCUGCUGAUACUUCUAGUCCAGCUAGGAAGGACAAUACCUCAACCGCAUAUGCUCUCAAAGAAGCCAGGGAUUUAAAGCAUAAGGCUAAUCGUUUGAAGGGAGAAGGAAAAGAGCUUGAAAGUACAAGACUCUACUUUGAGGCUGCCUUAAAAUUUUUGCAUGUUGCAUCACUUUUGGAACCUCCUAGCUUUGAUGGUUUGAAACAAGGCGAUGCAGCCCAGAGCAUGUAUUCAGAUACUGCAAAACUUUGCAACUUUGUUGGUCAUGCAUAUGAAAAAUGCAAGAAGAUGGCUGCUGCUGCUUUAGCAUACAAGUGUGUUGAAGUUGCUUAUCUGAAGGCUGCAUACUACAAACACCCAAUUGCAAGCAAGGAUAGACAAGUGUUACAGGCAGUUGUACAGACUGCACCAGGUGAAUCACCAUCAUCUUCAGCCUCAGACAUUGAUAAUUUAAAUAAUAAUGGAUUAUCCAAGGGCUCUUCAAGCAAGGAUGCUAAUUCACCACAAGUGGCUGGAAAUCAUUUGUUGCUGGCCGCUCGAAAUCAACCACACUUGAUGCGGUUACUAGCUUAUACAAAUGAUGUCAAUAGUGCCUUUGAGGCUACUCGGAAGUCACAAAUGGCAAUUGCUUCUGCUGCUGGCAAUCAUGAAAAUGGAGAUGAUGGUCUUUCUUCAGUAAAAACAGUACUGGAUUUUAACUUCCGAAGUGUGAAUGAUCUACUAAGGCUUGUGCGGAUUUCAAUGGAGUCUAUCAGCUGCUGA